CAAGGAGCACACACAAAAAGGCACUGGACUGGCAAUGUUAUCUCUAGGCAUGCCUGAAAUGGGCAUGUUUCUUUUUUUCUGACGUUUCUUAGAUACAAAAUAGAGUUCAAGUCAGCCUGAAGCGUACAGGUUAGUAAAUAAAACACAAUAGAAUGCUACGAAUGCGACCCCUUGUGGUAAAACUGGGUACGGGCAACAGAGUUUCCCUUUAAAAAGCGCUUGUCUUGACCAGGGAUGGGAGGUUUUCUUCUAGUGAACAUAUCCAGUACCUAUAAUAUUACAUUCAGCAGCCAACCAUUCAAGACAUAAGACGGCCGUGACAAGCACAAACAUGGCCGCCCUGGCCUCACUGCUCUCAGUAUCACGUGACCAGGCGCGCCCGCAGCGCUCUGUGUUUGUGCCCAGACCUGUUGGUUCCAUCCGACGUCAUGUCGUGCGCGCCGCCGAGCAAGGAAGGAAGAUGGCGGCCUUCGGGAUCCUGAGCUACGAGCACCGGCCGCUGAAAAGACCCCGUCUUGGACCCCCAGACGUGUACCCUCAAGACGCCAAACAGAAGGAGGAUGAACUUACAGCUUUGAAUGUGAAACAAGGAUUUAACAAUCAGCCAGCUGUGUCGGCAGAUGAACAUGGCAGUGCUAAAAAUGUCAACUUUAACCCUGCCAAGAUCAGCUCUAACUUCAGCAGUAUCAUGUCAGAGAAGCUGCGUUGCAACACUUUGCCAGACACUGGCCGCAGGAAACCACAGGUCAAUCAAAAGGACAAUUUCAUGCUGGUCACUGUUCGCACUCAGAGUUCAAUCAACACCUGGUUCUCGGACUUGGCUGGUACCAAGCCCCUCACACACCUCGCAAAAAAAGUACCCAUAUUUGGAAAGAAGGAAGAAGUCUUCGGCUUUCUAGCUCGUUUCUCAGUGCCUGUGAUGAGGGCUGCCUGGCUCAUUAAGAUGACCUGUGCAUAUUAUGCAGCCAUUACAGAAACCAAAGUGAAAAAGAGGCAUGUCAUGGAUCCCAUCAUAGAGUGGACACAAAUUAUCACCCGGUAUCUGUGGGAGCAGCUGCAGAAGAUUGCAGACUAUUACCGUCCAGCCCUUGGGGGCUGUUCCUCUCCUUCAGGUCCUAUGCCACCAGAGGUGGAAGUGGCUCUAAAACAGUGGGAAUACAAUGAGAAACUGGCUUUGUUUAUGUUCCAGGACGGAAUGUUGGAUCGGCACGAGUUUCUCACAUGGGUCCUGGAAUGUUUUGAGAAGAUUCGUCAGGGAGAAGAUGAGCUUUUGAAACUAUUACUCCCACUUCUUCUGCGGUAUUCCAAUUCCCUGGUUCAGUCUGCUUACCUCUCCCGGCGUCUGGCCUAUUUCUGCACAAGGAGACUAGCACAGCUGUUGGAGGGCAGUGGGAGCCACCCAGGACACCUAAUGACAGCACAGACAGGCACAGCUUUGCCUCCAGCACCUGCACCACCACCUCCUUCUGGAUCAGCACCUUCCUCACCUUUCAGUGACCUUCUGCAGUGCCCACAGCAUAGACCUCUUGUGUUUGGGCUAAGCUGCAUGCUGCAGAGUAUUGUCCUUUGCUGUCCUAGUGCUCUUGUGUGGCAUUACUCUUUAACUGAUAACCGAAUAAAAACUGGGUCACCUCUGGACCACCUUCCCAUUGCGCCCUCCAGUUUGCCUAUGCCUGGAGGCAGUUCUGCCUUCACACAGCAGGUGCGUAGAAAACUGCGGGACAUGGAGCAGCAGAUAAAAGAGCGAGGGAGAUCAGUAGAGGUCAGGUGGUCAUUUGAUAAAUGUCAGGAGGCCACUGCAGGUUUUCCUAUUGGGCGGGUCCUUCAUACUCUGGAAGUUCUAGACAGUCACAGCUUUGAGAAAUCGGACUUCAGCAACAACCUGGACUCUUUGUAUAACAGAAUAUUUGGACUUGGCCUAGGCAAAGAUGGGCAUGAGAUAUCACCUGAUGAUGAUGCAGUAGUCACGCUUCUCUGUGAGUGGGCUGUCAGCUGUAAACGUUAUGGUCACCACCGAGCACUGGUGGUGGCAAAGUUACUGGAGAAGCGGCAGGCAGAGAUUGAAGCCGAGCGAUGUGGAGACUCAGAGGCAGUUGAUGAAAAGGGAUCUGUAUCUUCUGGGUCUUUGUCUGCUCUGAGUGCACCUCCUGUGUUCCAAGAAGUCCUGCUUCAGUUCCUUGAUACACAGGCCCCUAUGCUAACGGACCCGGCUAAUGAGAGCGAACGUGUGGAAUUCUAUAAUCUGGUGCUGCUAUUUUGUGAACUAAUUCGACAUGAUGUUUUUUCACACAACAUGUACAUGUGCACACUUAUAUCCCGUGGAGACUUAGGGAUCGACCCACAUGCACCCCGACCCCGCUCCCCAUAUGAGGACCCUUCUGAUGACACUGACCGCAAAGAAGGAGAGGCCAAUAGCAGCAUAAAAUUAGAGGAUACCACUCUCUCGGAAACCAUGGAUAUUGAUCAUGGCUCUGGGGCUUUAUUCGAGGACAUGGAGAAAAGUGAAUUUCCGAUGUUUUCACCUGCCAUGCGCUGUGAGGGGCGAAGUCCUGGUCCUGAAGAUGGGGACCGAGAUAUCCGCCGCACAGUGAAAGGUUUGAAUGGGGAGGGACCUCUUUCCGCACUGUAUGAUCAACCGCGACAUAUACAAUAUGCCACACAUUUCCCUAUCCCACAGGAGGAGUCGUGCAGCCAUGAAUGUAAUCAGAGGCUUGUUGUUCUUUAUGGGGUGGGAAGGCAAAGAGAUGAUGCCCGUCACAUAAUCAAGAGGAUUACACGUGAUAUCCUGAAGGUGCUAAAUCGCAAAAGCACCUCUGAAACAGGUAAGGUGGUGGUCAUGGGGAAGGUCAAACAGAUUGAGAAGCAAGUAAAUGUACCAAAACUGACUCUUUCUCCUUGUGGAACAGAUGAGGGGCAGCGCAGACGCAGGGCAAAGCCUGAAGCAUUUCCCACUGCAGAGGAGAUUUUUUGCCGCUUUCAGCAACUUUCACAUUUUGAUCAGCACCAAGUCACUGCACAGGUAUCACGGAAUGUGUUGGAACAAAUCACAAGCUUUGCUCUUGGUCUCUCCUAUCACCUGCCCUUGGUACAACAUAUCCAGUUUAUCUUCGACUUGAUGGAAUAUUCUUUAAACAUUAGUGGUCUCAUUGACUUUGCUAUUCAGCUGCUGAAUGAGCUCAGCGUGGUAGAGGCUGAGCUCCUGCUGAAAUCUUCUAGUCUGGUUGGCAGUUACACCAUGGGUCUGUGUUUGUGCAUUGUUGCUGUUCUGCGUCAUUAUCACACUUGCCUGAUCCUCAACCAGGAGCAGACUGCUCAGGUGUUCGAAGGGUUGUGUGGAGUGGUGAAGCAUGGAAUGAAUCGUUCAGAUGGCUCAUCUGCGGAGCGAUGCAUCCUGGCAUAUCUCUAUGAUUUGUACACAUCAUGUAGCCACUUAAAGAGCAAAUUUGGGGAGCUUUUCAGUGACUUCUGCUCAAAGGUGAAGAAUACAAUUUAUUGUAAUGUUGAGCCAUCAGACUCCAACAUGCUGUGGGAACAAGAGUUUAUGCUAGACACCAUCAUUAACCCAUCCGGACAUAGUGUUAACUGUGGAAUGCUGGGAAAGUUGCUGAGUGACUCCCCAACCAACCGCUAUAGUUUUGUGUGCAAUGCACUUGUCCAUGUGUGUGCGGGAGACCACGAUACAGACAGGGUAAAUGACAUUGCCAUUUUGUGCGCUGAACUGACUGGAUCCUGCAAAGCCCUGAGCUCCGAGUGGCUGGGAGUCCUAAAAGCCCUCUGCUGUUCAUCCAACAAUGGCACAUGUGGCUUCAAUGAUCUGCUCUGCAAUGUGGAUGUUAGUGAUCUCUCUUUCCACGAUUCUCUUGCCACCUUUGUUGCAAUCUUAGUUGCUCGCCAGUGUCUCCUUUUGGAAGAUCUGAUUCGCUGUGCUGCUAUCCCAUCCUUGCUAAAUGCUGCUUGCAGUGAGCAGGACUCAGAGGCCGGGGCUCGUCUCACCUGCCGAAUUUUACUCCAUCUCUUCAAAACCCCACAGCUGAACCCUUGUGAACCUGAUGGUAGUAAACCAACUGUUGGAAUCCGUUCAUCUUGUGACCGCCACCUUCUGGCAGCAUCUCAGAAUCGUAUCGUGGAUGGGGCUGUGUUUGCUGUGCUGAAAGCUGUGUUUGUUUUAGGUGAUGCAGAGCUGAGGGGCUCAGGAUUCUCACAUCCCACUGGCACUGAUAAUGCUUCAGAGGAAGAUAUAGCUACCAGGAGAGCAGGGGGUCGGCCAGUAUCAAUUGAAACAGCCAGUUUGGAUGAAUAUGCAAAAUAUGUUCUACGCAGCAUAUGCCAGCAAGAAUGGGUUGGAGAGCGCUGUGUGCGUUCCCUGUGCGAGGACUCUAAUGAUCUACAGGACCCUGUUCUGAGCAGUGCUCAGGCUCAGCGCCUCAUGCAGCUUAUCUGUUACCCACACAGACUGAAUGAUACCGAGCAGGGAGAUAAUCCACAGAGGCAGCGAAUCAAACACAUCUUGCAGAACCUGGAUCAGUGGACAAUGCGUCAGUCAGCACUGGAAUUGCAGCUAAUGAUUAAACAGACACCAAGCAAUGAAAUGAAUUCUUUAUUAGAAAAUAUUGCUAAAGCCACAAUUGAAGUAUUCCAGCAAUCGGCCGAGAAUGCCUGCGCAGCCCCCGCCAAUAGUGCUGCCCUGAGCAAUGCUACCUCCAGCAACGCUCCUCCCAACAGCAAGACAAAACCAGUACUCAGUUCUUUAGAGCGGUCUGGGGCUUGGCUUGUGGCCCCUCUCAUUGCAAAGCUGCCUACAUCAGUUCAAGGUCAUGUGCUAAAAGCAGCAGGGGAGGAGCUAGAGAAGGGCCAACACCUAGGAUCUUCUUCUCGCAAGGAACGUGACCGUCAGAAGCAGAAAAGUAUGUCCUUGCUAAGUCAGCAGCCAUUUUUGUCACUGGUAUUGACCUGCCUAAAGGGACAGGAUGAGCAGCGGGAGGGGCUUCUGACAUCACUCUAUGGCCAGGUGCAACAGAUUGUUAGCAACUGGCGGGAAGAUCAGUAUCAGGACGACUGCAAAACUCCUCAGCUGCUGCAUGAUGUAUUGAAACUGAGGCUUAACCUGGUUGGUGGGAUGUUUGAUACAGUUCAGCGCAGCACUCAGCAAACCACUGAAUGGGCUGUUCUUCUGCUGGACAUUAUCAGCAGUGGUACAGUGGAUAUGCAGUCAAACAACGAGCUCUUCACGACUGUCCUAGACAUGCUCAGUGUUCUGAUCAACGGAACUCUGGCAGCUGAUAUGUCCAGUAUAUCUCAGGGGAGCAUGGAAGAGAAUAAAAGGGCAUACAUGAACUUAGUAAAGAAACUGCGGAAAGAGCUGGGUGAUCGUCAGUCUGAGAGUCUAGAAAAGGUUCGUCAGCUCCUUCCUCUCCCCAAGCAGACUCGGGAUGUAAUAACUUGCGAGCCACAGGGAUCUCUUAUUGAUACCAAAGGCAACAAGAUUGCAGGUUUUGAUUCUAUUUUCAAAAAGGAGGGUCUUCAGGUUUCCACCAAACAGAAGAUCUCCCCUUGGGAUCUGUUUGAGGGGAUAAAACAGUCUGCUCCUCUUUCUUGGGGCUGGUUUGGUACUGUACGUGUGGACAGACGUGUGUCUCGCAUGGAGGAGCAACAACGUUUGCUCUUGUAUCACACCCACUUGAAACCAAAGCCUCGUAGUUACUACCUAGAGAACCUUCCUCUUCCACCUGAGGAUGAAGAACCUCCUACUCCUACAAGUACCGAGCCUGACAAAAAGCUCAGCGAGGCUCUUAAGGUGGACAAAAGUGGAGUGGGUGGCACCACUAACACUGAUGACAGGAAGAAGCCAAGCAAGCCCAAAAGAGAGAAAAAGAGGAACAUGGCACCCAGCAAAGUAGAGGAAUUUCCACUUGGUCCUGGCCGCCCGGGCCCUUAUGGAAUGGUCCCCACUGAUCUUCUGCAUACCCAGGCUGCUGGAAUGUCCCGUUUACCUUAUGCAACCCAGAACAUGUAUGCUCAGAACCAACCACUACCACCAGGUGGUCCGCGUCUAGAUAACUCAUACAGACCUACGCGGAUGGCUAUGGUAAAGGUUCCUGCCCGACCUCAGUAUGUCAGUGGAGUCCCUCAAGCUGGGAUGAUGGACUCAUACAAGCCUGUGAUGUACAGACCACAGCCGCCAAUUCCUCAGGGGCAACUAUUAAGACAGCAGCUGCAGGCUAAGUUGGCACAAGGAAUGAUGCCGCAGCCUGUACGGCAGAUGAGUCAAACUCCUUCAUAUGGCUCUAUGCAGCCUCAGGGUUACACAUCAUAUGGCUCUCAUAUGACCUUGCAGCAACACCCUCCUCCAUCCCAGGCUGGUGCUUUGGUGCCCCCACCAUACAGUACUCAGCAAUACCCUGGAUCUCUUCCCCCUUCUGGUGGGGCUCUUCUUGAUCCAGUGCGCCAGAUGCAGCAGAGACCCAGCGGCUAUGUGCACCAGCAAGCCUCUGGUUUCAGUCACAGUGCUUCAGCUGGACAAAGAUUCCCGCACCAGCAGAUAACUCAGACAGGCAUGAUGCCAAGCAUGGGUCACCUUACUACACAGCCAGUAACAGGUGCAAUUCGGCCUCAGCUGUUACCUGAACAGCAGCAACAACAACAGCAGCAGCAGUAUUUAAGACAGCAACAGAUAUUAAGGCAACAACAGCAGCAACAACAACAACAACAACAGCAGCAGCAGCAGCAACAGCAGCAGCAGCAACAGCAGCAGCAGAAUCAGGCACCACCUCAGCAACAAGCCCCUCCACAACCACCUCCCCAGCAGGUCCCCACAGUCCCACAGCCACAAACGCAAGGACAGCCACCAGGGCUUGGCAUGCAGACACUGCAAUUUCAGAGACAGGGUUUACAGCAGACCCAGCAACAACAGCAAACGGCAGCUCUGGUCCGCCAGCUCCAGCAGCAACUGUCCAGCACACAGCCACAACAAAACUCCAAUCCGUUUGGCCGCUACUGAAAGGUCGUUCCUCCCUGUGAUUUUGUACCUCUUUUGGAUGAAUUCUCUCGGCUCUCUCCAGAUUGAUGAGACAGAAAGGCAGCACUUUAGAAGAUUUUAUUUAAUUCAAGGAGCGGAAUGCGUUUCUGGUUCCUGUUAGAAGUGAUCGGUGUUACCAGAUUUUCUGUGACGUAAAAAAAAAAAGGAAUUAAUUGUGGAUCUGAAUAUUGCAUAUGUCCAAGUCACAGAACGAGGGACGUGUAUAUCUUGUAUCCUCCCCCCUAGUGAAUUAUGGGGGUUCUUAUGUCUUGUGAACAUUUAUCUUUUAAAAUGUUUUUAAUAUUUUGUUAACCAAAUGAUUAAAUUGUCAUUUUGUAAAGUAUUUAUAUGACUGUGCAAUCUCAGCUAUCAAACAGAUACCUCUGAGGGCUGAAUCUGAUCUCUGACCAUGUCUAGUAUGUACUGAGUGAUUUGUGCCAGCAGGUGGUAUCUGGUCCUACUGUGGCUAGCAGAAACCUUUACUGCAAAAGAAAGCCAUAGGCUUUUACAAUGUUACAUUUGGCGUUUUCUCAUCAUGUGACUGACUUGUGCAUUCUGUAUAUGAGUGACACUUUCUUGCCAGCUACAGAUUGCAACUGCACUUCUAGUCAUUCCUCAUACACUAUAGUGUGUAGUAUACCUCUGUCUUAUACACCCAGAACAUGAGGUUUUUUUCUUAUAGGUCAGGUGUGAUAACGCUCCAUGUGUAUCUGUAGUGUGCACUGGUCUCUGUGCGGUACUCACAAGUCUAGAGUAUCACAGACAUAAGCUUUAGAUUUCAGUUUGAGGUCUGUGUACAGAUGUAUUCUGUGUGUAAUUCAGUGUUGCAACUGCAUAAAGAAAAAAUGCCGACAUCAUAACUGGACUGUGGACAAUACAAACAGUAAAGCUGUGUUUUUUAGAUUCAAGUACUCGUUUGAGGACCAGCAUCAGGCCAAGGCCUCCUUAGCUCAUCAUGAGGUUAAAGAUGAAUAGGAACAUUCAUUUUUCCAGUCUCCUUGAUGGGGUAUCCAAGCAGAUAAAUAAGCCUUUACUCCAAAUCUCACCUUAAAGGAGAAGAAAAGGUUAAAUCACUGGGGGGAGGGGGUGGGGAAUCAAUAGGCACCCUCCAGGGAUUAUAAAAUCAUAACCCCAGCCCCCAGGGCUCCUGCUAGUAGUUUUGAGUGAGCACCACUGAGUGAUUGCAUUCCACUUCUUCAGUGGCCCCGGGCUGGCACUGCCCAGUACUGUAAAAAACAAAAAACCGCUUUUUGCUUACAGUUAGGCUUUAGCCUGACCAGAGAGAAGAGGGAUAAAUAUCGCUCUGUGGUGCAUGCUCAGAAGUACCCUGGGCUGGUGCAGCUUUCUUCUAACAGGAGGCACCAACCUGGGGUAUCAGGUAAGUGGUUAUAAUAACCCCCCCCCCUCCCUGGGAUUAAACUGGCCUUCAUCCUGGACUUUCAAGUCUUUCUAAAAUGGCAAAUAAGCACUGACCAUAAAUCCUAGCCAUACUAGCCUUCAGGCUGGGCCUCCUGUUAUGUUUCCAGCCCCCAGUUUGGAUUUAUAUGCACAAAAUUAAUCUCCAGUUAGAAAUUACUUUGUCCUGAGAGCCCAGUAUUACUGCUCUAAUGUAGAUGUUUGGUUUGCUAUCCAAAAGACCUUGCUAUUGUGUCCUUGUACCUGAGACCCAUUAACAUGCUAUUGCCCUCAAGGUUAAUUUUCUGUUGCUUUCCAUCAUCAUCCUUGUUCAAACUCGCAAUAACAAUGCAGUCAUUGUGUCCAUUCCAAUGCCAUUCUGCCAUAACCUCUUUCACCAACAUAUAUUAAUUGGCCUUCUGUUACUGUGUACCAUGCAGCAUCAUUAUAUGUCAAGCUAAUAUUUUGCUUUAUGCAGUCAUUUCUCAGGAGCAAUAAAGGAAACAUAUCUCAGG